GUCCUUCCUUGACAAAGCGGUGACGUCUUCAACCUUCUUCCUUAUAUUCUCCUCACCACCCUUUCUCUCAUUGCGUUCUUUGCUUCUUCCUCAGAUCUUUUUCCAACAUGGGAGGGAACGUUAUAGAUAUCACUUCAACCUCGCACUACGAUGGGAUCGCAAGGGGUUUGCAGCCAAAUCAGCUGCUGGUCAUAGACUUCUAUGCUGUUUGGUGUGGACCUUGUGUCGCCAUCGCUCCUUUCGUGGAACAGCUGUCGCUUCAGUACCCUCAGGUCAAAUUCCUGAAAAUAGACGUGGACAGGCAGCCCGAAUUGGCCUCGAGAUUCAGCAUUCGUGCCAUGCCCACAUUCAAAUUUAUUAAAGAGAAUAGAGAGGUCACAGAGCUCACUGGCGCCUCACCCCCUCGUCUCAGCCAACUCGUAUCGCGAUUUGCGGGUCCUAUUCCGGCCGGUGCACCUGCGGCGGCAUCAUCUUCCUCGUCUUCGUCGACAACGUCUGUCCCUGCACCCCCAGCUCCCAAACCCGCCGAGGCGGCAAAACCCACAGACCAAUCUUUGCUGGGCUACAUCACAAGUAAAGAUCUCGUUUGUCUCAAUCAAUCUAACGACCAUCCGCUCUCGUCUAUACUCGGUUCCAACGCCGGUCCCAAAGGUUCAAGCUAUCUUGAGAGUGAUGUCGACCCCGAGCUUCUCAUCAGCAUCUCUUUCAACGAGGCUGUCAAAAUACGAGCAAUCAGUCUCUUUUCCGGUGUCAGUCCUGGACAGGCACCCAAGGAUGUCAAGCUGUUCAUCAAUGUUCCUGUCAUGGACUUUACGACUGCGGAGAGCAUGAACCCGGCCCAAGAACUUGUCUUGACGCCAGAGCAGGUCAGCGGAGAGAAGAUUGAACUUCGAUACGUUCGUUUCCAAAACGUUCGCAACCUCCACAUCCUGGUCAAGAGCAAUCAGGAAGACGAAGAAACGACCCGAAUCGACUCGAUAGAUUUGUUCGGCACCGUCGGCGCGACCACCGACAAGGGUCCCCUCAAGAAGAUCGGCACAAACGAAGAUUAGCAUCCAUCCCGGAGAUCACCUUGUCAGAGAGUCACUGUCAUAUAAGAAGUGUAUUUUGGAAAGUGUCCAUGUCAGGGACAGAUAGAAACAGACGUCAUCUGUAAAUGCAAAGUUUGGUAUAGCUGU